AUGGAAAGCCCAGUUCAGAGGAUGACUAGUUUGACGCGAUCGCAUUUUGCCGCUGGCAACAGUGAGGGCUGACAAAGACGUGUCGUCAAAGAGGAAGAGUUGGAAGCUGCUGUUUAUGCCAAAUCGCCCUGCGCGAUGAAUACGUAUCACUCGUCAGGAAAUGAGGAAGCGAGCAAUUUUGCUCAGAUGGAUUUGAGCGGCAAACUAAUUAUAAAGGCGCAGCUGGGCGACGACAUACGCCGCAUUCCAAUCCACAACGAAGACAUCACGUACGACGAGCUAAUACUUAUGAUGCAGCGAGUGUUCCGAGGAAAGCUUUCCAGUAACGACGAGGUCACGGUGAAGUACAAGGAUGAAGAUGGUGACCUUAUUACCAUUUUUGACAGCUCGGACUUGUCUUUUGCCAUUCAGUGCAGCCGGAUACUGAAGCUAACAAUAUUCGUGAACCAGCAACCAGUUCCAUUGGAGCCAGACGAAAUUAAGCACCUCAGGAAAGAGCUGCAGGAAAUUAGGAAUGUUGUAAACCGCCUGCUGGACAGAUUCGAGCCCCGUCACUUUGUCUCCAACAGUUCAGAGCCAGAAGACAGUGCGGGAACUGCUCAACUGAAAGCCGCAAAUGCUGUCGCACCAAAGGAGUUUGACCCACUUGCUUCCAAACAGGCGGCUGGUGAUGAGCCAGGUGCACAGAUGAAACCCAAAGGUGAAAAUGGCCGGGUGGGCACUCCAGACAGCAUCUCUAGCCUGGAUUCAGCCGCGGCCACUCAGCAGAAGCUCCAUCUGCAGCAGCAGCAACAUCAGCAGCAACAACAUCAGCAGCAGCAGCAGCAACACGCGCAUCUUCAGCAGCAGCAGCAGCAUCAGUACUCUCAGCAUCCUGGUCAUCCUGGAGUUGCAUACAUGGGACCACCGGGGGCACAGCAGCCUUACACACCUCAAGGGCAUCCGCCUCCACAGCAGCAGCAGCCACAUCCACAGCCUGCCUCACAACAGCAGCCGCAGGUUCCCCCUGGAGGCUACACAGGCGCACCAUUGCCGACGGCCAGGCCUGGUCCCACCCCCACUCCUGGGAUGCCCGGCCAGCCUCCCCAAGGGCCGUAUGGUCAGCCUGUAUACCCCCAGACUUCGGUUGCACAGAGCAUGCCUCACGGUCAGCAGUUCCCGCCGGGUGCCACCCCGACCGGGAUACAGGGACCGCCACAGCAGGGUGCUCCCCAGGGUAUUCCCCAGGGCCCACCACCACAGCCCGGGCAACCGCAGCCUCCAUAUGGUGGUGCCCCGCCCGUCUCGCAGGCCUAUCCUGGUUAUCCGCCCCACUCUGUGCCCUCUUCUCAAGCUGGCGCCUACCACUCAAACCCAAGCCCAACUCCAACCAGUGCCGGCAAUCCCUACGCCAGGGGAGGGUCCCUCCCCACUUCCUAUCCCCGGCCAGCACCGGCCUAUCCUCAGGGGUACCAGUAACAUGGAGCCUAGUGAUGGCUACGGUUUUUCUCCUCGCUCUCUCUGUUUCUUCUUGUAAGUUGAGCAAGGAGGAGUCUGGAGAGUUGUGGUAGCCACCAAAGGAGCGAAUUUUGCCCCCCACCUGUACUGAUGGAGUGGUAGGUGGAAGCGCUGGCAAAAUGGAAGUUCUUUUCUUACUCCAUGCGCAAAUCAAUUUGUGGACCACUAGCUUGAAUCUAAGGCGCUUCUACCGCAGAAUUUGUAAAGCAACCACAGAUGCAAGAUCGCGUGCUUAGAGACGUGUGGCCUAGAAAGCAGAGGCCACUGAAUGUUAUCGUACGGGAAGAUCACUUUUGCAAUUUACGAUUUUUCUUCCUAGAAAAAAUAUUUUCUUUCUUGGGGCAGUUAGCGCGAGAUUGAGCACAUUGAAACACUAAGGGGUAUGGAGCUCAAAACGAGAGCAGAUUGUCCUGGCUCUUAUAAUUUUCUAUUUGAAUGCACAGAUGAGAAAAUCUAAAGCUUUUGUAAGGGAAGUGUACUGCUACUGUGCUAAAUGUAAUAUUAUGUAGUUACAACCAACCCUGCACACUGUUGUGUUGUAAAGACAGAAAGCUGAUUUGCGUAGGGGAAUAUGAACUGAAGAUCAAGGCUUUCGACAUUUCAAAGAUCAAAGGCUUUCCAGCCUGGUGCUUUUAUGUAUUCGAGUAUUUGUGCAUUGCAUGAAGAGAGAUGGAGACCUCGGUUUAGGAGCUUUUCAUAGUAGUUGAAUUUAUUUAAUUUGCGAUAAUGUCAGGCUCUACUUUUGGCAGCACCAUUGCAUAUGAUGUAAACAUUGCACACACAUUUAAUACUUCAGUAGUCGCCUUAAUGUCAAGAGGCUGCCUUAUUGCAUGGCCAUGCUGGCUAAAUAGAGUCCAUGGAAUUUACCAUACUCGGCACAUGCAAAACAAUGAGCUCGGGCUUGGAGUGUAUUGCAGUGCAGCUCUUUGUUGAGGAAUGUUUCUGUCUUUCAUGAUCUUUGUGUUUCGCUAAGUUUUUUACUGUACUAUUUGAUACAAGCCACUAAAGAACUUGCUCUUACUA